UUAAAAAUUUAAAAUCACUACAAAUAAAGUAAAUACAGCCGAAAUUUGAUUCUAUAAAUUAAUGUCACGCUCGACCUCUACUUUGACUUUCUCUCUCUGCAUCUUCUUAAAACUGACCUCUAUUCCUCUAUUCCACUUGCUCCCCCCACUCCCCUCUCUCUCGCCCUCUCUCUCUCUCUCUUUCUCUCUACGAAAAUGGUUAGAGAUGACCUGCGUAUAUCUAUACCUAGCUUAUUCAAAUGCCCUAUUUCACUCGACGUCAUGACCUCUCCGGUGAGUCUCUGCACCGGCGUCACCUACGAUCGUUCCAGCAUCCAACGGUGGCUCGAUAGCGGCCACAACACGUGUCCGGCGACGAUGCAGCUUCUCCAAACCAAAGAGGUUGUUCCGAAUCACACUCUCAAACGCCUCAUUAAGAUCUGGUCCGACUCGGUGCAGACUCAGUCCAACUCGCUCACUCAGCUCCAAGCUCGUUCUCUCGUGGCCGAACUUAAGGAAACGUGUAGUGAAAUUGACGAGAAUUCGUUCGCGAUCGUCGCGAAACUCACUUCGUUUGCGUCCGAGUCGAUUCAGAACCGCAAGUUCCUGGCGAAGAUCAGCGGAUUUUUAGGAUUUUUGAUCGAAAUGUUUAAUAAGCAUUUGAAGAAAUUUUAUUUCGCAGAGAAAGUUAUACAAUUGUGUUGUGUUGUACUCGAAGAGGAUGAAGAUAAACAGAGAUUAUCGAACGCAAUCGAUAAACACGAGUUCCAAGUUUCGAUAUCGAUCAUACUUCAACACGGAGCUCCUGAUUCGAAAAUCGCAGCGAUUAGAGUCCUAGAGCUUCUCGCAAUUGAUCUAGACUCGAACAUUUUAUCCGAAUUGAUUAAACUUAUAGGUGCUAAUACGAAACCGAACAGUGUAAUUGAAUCGUGCUUAUCGUGUUUAAUUUCUUCUGCGAUUCAUAAACGAAUUCGAAUCAAGUUAGUUCAACUCGGAGCUAUUCAAUCUCUGGGAGGAUUAUUAUCAGCGUCCGAUAUAAGUGUUCUAAUUGUCGAGAAGAUUAUGAAGAUUCUAGAAAUGCUGACCGGUUGCAAGGAAGGAAGGAACGCGAUUUGCGAGAACGAAUCGUGUUUGAACGCGAUCGUGAAGAAUUUGUUGAAGGUUUCGAGUCGUGCAACGGAGCACGGAGUAACGAUUCUGUGGAGUUUGUGUUGCUUGUUCCGAGAAUCGAAGGCUCAGGCGGUUGUGGCCAAGAGCAACGGAUUGACGAAGCUGUUGCUGCUGAUGCAGAGCAAUUGUUCUCAAGCUGUUCGACAAAUGUCUAGCGAUAUGUUGAAGAUGUUUAGGGUUAAUUCCAAAUCUUGUUUGAUUAGUUAUGAAACGAAAACUACUCAUAUCAUGCCGUUUUGAUUAUUCUUUUCGUUUCUUUCUGUAAAUGGAAAACAAUUUUGUUGGAUGUAUAGAUACAAAUGAAGAGAAUUCAUUCCGACGAUGUGAUAUUUUCUGGUGUCGAUUACGAAAAAUUUAGAGAUUCUUGCACA